AUGGCCCCGCAAGCGCUUACUGUUCCCAAAAACCGGAUACUGGCUUCACGGGAGGCUACACUAUUCAAAGAACUCCUGACUCUCUAUGAAACGCGUCAACUGAAGAAGGGUAUUAAGGCAGCCGACGCGAUCCUCAAAAAGUAUCCCGAGCAUGGUGAAACAAUUUGCAUGAAGGGUCUCAUCAUGACCCACCAAGGCAAACGCGACGAAGGGAUUGAACUCGUCAAGAAGGGCAUGCGUCUUGAUAUCACAUCUCAUAUCGUCUGGCAUGUCUUUGGACUCAUCCAGAAGGGCGAGAAAAAGUAUGAGGAGGCGCUCAAGUCUUACACCCAGGCGUUGAAGUUUGACAAGGACAAUAUGAAUAUUCUCCGGGACGCAGCAAGCCUGCAAGCUCAACUUCGACUUUACGACGGUCUCAUAGAGUCGCGCCAUAUUCUACUUCGACUGCGCCCGCAAGUGCGAGGGAACUGGGUUGCUCUGGCGGUCGCUUACCAUCUGAGUGGGAACCUCACGGAAGCCGAGAAUGUGCUAACGAAGUAUGAAUCCAUCCUGAAGAACAUUCCGGCACAUGAUGUCGAGACAUCGGAGACCGUCCUCUACCAUGUGCAGGUAUUGGAAUUGCUGGGGGAAUCGGAGAAAGCCCUACAAUUCCUGGAAUCCAAUGCCAGUGAUGAUGUUAUAGUCGACAAAACUGCUCUACGGGAGUACCGAGCUCGGCUUCUCUCGAAGACAGGUCAAACGGACGCCGCCGAGAGUGCUUGGUUGGCGUUGAUACACCAAAAUCCGGAGUACCACGAAUAUUACCGUGGGUAUAUGUCUACCAAAGACAUUGACCUAGCAACCGUCACUGAUGCCGACCGAGCCCGCGCCCUCGAUCUCCUGAAAGAUCUGUCAUCUCAGCUUCCGAAAGCCACGGCACCGCGCCGCAUAGCUCUUGAUGUCGCGAGCGGACCGGAAUUUGUUGCCCUUGCACGCUCCUAUGUCAUUUCUGCACUCACCAAGGGCGUCCCCUCGCUCUUUACCGACCUCAAGUCGCUGUAUGGUGACAAAGAGAAACGGAAGGCCAUAGAAGAGAUAGUGGAGAUCUUCCGGCAGGAACAGGCUCAGCCACCCGCAGGCCCCUCUUCGUCCGAGCAAGAUCCUACUGUCUACCUGUGGACUCUGUAUUUCCUCGCCCAGCAUCAUUCUUUCCUCGGAAACCAUCAGCUUGCGGUCCAGCUUAUCGACCUUGCGAUAGAGCACACCCCGACCCUCCCCGAGCUUUACACAGCCAGAGGUCGAGUUCUCAAGCGCGCAGGUGACCCGUGGGGAGCUGCCCGAGCAGUCGACGACGCCCGGUUAUUGGAUGGUCAGGAUCGGUUCCUCAAUACCAAAUGUGCAAAAUACCGAUUGCGCGCCGGGACGAUCGAUGAGGCUAUGGAUAUCUUCGGGUUGUUCACGAAGAAAGAUGCGGCGAGUCCCGGCGCGGACCUUGAAGACAUGCAGUCACUGCUCUACCUCAACGAGGCGGGCGAUGCUUACGCGCGCAUCGGUAACCUUGGAAUGGCCUUGAAGAAGUACGCCGCCGUCCAGAAGGUGUUCGACGAGAUGUACGAUGAUCAGUUCGACUUUCAUGGCUACUCGAUGCGGAAGUUCAACCUCAAUAUAUACAUGAGCAUGAUCGCUUGGGCAGACAAGCUACGAACCCAUCCCGGUUACAUUGCUGCUGCUCUUGGUGCUUCCAGGAUUGCUGUUCGCGUGCAUGACGAUCCUUCUCUAGCGACAAGGGUGAACGAAAUCGAUGGCUCUCUGAGUGCUGCGGAGAAAAAAGCGAAAGCAAAAGCCAAAAGAGCCGCUGAAAAGGUCAAAGAAGCAGCGAAACAGGCUACGUCGGCGUCUGGUAACGAGGAUAAAGGCCUAGAGCCUCCUUUGCCCAAGGACGAGGACCCAGAUGGUAGCAAGCUGCUCGCUUCACCUGAUGCCCUAGAGCGUGCCGCAAAAUUCUUACAUCCCUUGGUGGUUUCGGAUACAAAGAACGUGGACGUGUGGAUAACAGUAUAUGAUGUCGCCGUCAGACGGAGAAAAUACCUCCAGGCCUUGAAGGCCCUCAAUCACGCCCGCGCCAUAGAUCCCGAACACGCUGAACUGCAUGUGCGCCUAGUUGACUAUCGUUUGCGAUUAUCCUCUUUGGAGGAACCGUUGCCUCCUCCAGCGGGUCUCUUGGUGGUGUCAUGUUCCUCUGAUCUAAUUCCGGACGGUACCUCGCUGGAGACCUACAACUCGAACUUCUUGCAAAGGCACUCGACCUCUCCAACUGCUAUUCUGGCCGCGUCAAGGGUAUAUCGAGCCAUGAAAUCUCCGCAAGAUGUGGUGGACAGCACUUUGUUUGCUUUGUUCAAUCCUGAUGUACGACCGGAUGUUCAAACGUACUACGAUGCCUUGGAGUUCGUGCAGAGCGUGAACUCGCCGCGGGUAUACGAAUUUCGCCAGAAGUGUCAAGCCACAUUCCCGCUGUCUACCCUUUUUUUGGUUCCAGAUGAAUUGGCUAAGGUGCGAAGCAAAGGCGUCGUCGGAGACCUCACGGCGCAUGACGCGGAGAAGGAAGAGGCAGAUGCCGACAAACCCGGGCUGUCUCAAUAGAUCGCAUUCAAUGUCGCUCGGGUAUCAAUAUAUAUAGAUGUGAUUACUGUGGCCCAGUGCACCUCAUAUGC